CAGUUCCUUCCAUACCUCGUUCGAUGCUCACCUCCACUCAGACCACCUGGCUCGUUGUAGCUGUUGCCUUCAGUCUCACGUUCAAUGUGCUGAGUUACCGCCAACUGAAUCUGCCGUUCGCAUCAGAACUUGGAGCGCAGCCACUUCUGAACGAGCUGCCGCUCCUCGUCAGACCCGCCGCCCUUCAGUUCAGCCUCAUUGCUGACGAAUACCGCAUCGCGGACGACGCCGCUUGGGCCACUCUCGUCCCAUCAGACGACCGAAUCCGGUCGCCAUCAGCCGCCGCUCCCGAUCAGAAAUACUUCACCGUUGGGCUGUACUCCGACCUACGCUGCCUCAAUCUCCUGCGCACCGCGUAUCUCGCGCACAAGGACAAGCACGAGUCCGAAAUCCGAUUUCCCGAGGACGCAUUGGCUCCUCAGUGCGUCAGCAGCUGCGCCAGGCGCUCACGUGCGCGGCCGACCUGACGCUCGAUCCCACGACUUCGAUAUGCGAGCCGGAUGGCACGUGUGAUCCGGCUGCGGCGGGGCAUUUGGUUGUGCAUAAGUGUCGGGAUUGGGUACAAGUGAGGGAAUUUGUGGAGAUGAAUCAGGCUCGUACGGAAGAUAGAAAGAAUUUUCGUGGCCCCAUUCAAGCCACAGCUACUUAAUGGAUGGGUGUAAAUUGCUCGCAUUCGAAUUUCCGGGUCUCUUUCGAUCACACCUCGCCGGAGAAAUGAUCUAGUCCAUGAGCUCUGUGCGCUUCACCGAUGACAAAAGCUAACACCGGUCCGGGGGUUGUCUCAAGUGGGUC